CAAAAGAAGGUUUGAUUUAAUGAAUGAAGCCUAAUUGCAACUUUAUGAUGAGUUAAUCAGUAGAAGAACAUGGCUGGAGAUGCUGAGAUUGAAGAAGAGAUGAUAGAGCCACAAGUUCAAGAAACUCACAUUGAUGAAACAAUCUAUGUAGCACUUGGAGUUAAUCUCAAGAAAGACAAAGCCAAAUCUUUUGUGGGUGUUGAGCAACUUCCCAGGAUGCCAAGUCAUCAUCUUGCAUGUUCAUAGGACUUCAAAAUGGAUACCUAUGAUGGGAGCUAAGUUUUUGGAUUAUUUAGUGUCUGAAAAACACCUUCUGCAGCACAGAGAUCAAGAGAAGAAGAGAAUGAAGGAGAUACUCAUGGAAUACAUGAAUAUUUGUGUUAAGACUGGGGUACAAGUUAGAGCACAUGUUGUUGAGGAAGAUGAUGUUCUCAAGGGAAUACAAGAGCUAGUAGCAAUACAUCAAGUUAAAAGGCUUGUUUUGGGUUCAGAGUACAUCUCUAAUGAAGGUGUUCUUUUACAACGUUGUCAGAUAUUGUUAGUCAGGGAUGGCAAACACUUGUCCACUAGACCAGUUCUUGAUGAAGAAAAUCAUGCACAAUUGUCAUCAUCUUUUGAUUCUGAUGAUGAUGAUCUACAAUUUGUAACUCCUCCCAAUGAACUGGAAGAUGAAGUCUCAUUUGAUCAGGAACAAGCUCAAUUAAACUCAGUUCAUGAUCAGGAUGCUGUAAACAGCAUUGAAUUUCUCAGAAAAGAGCUACAAAAAGCCGAAGAAAAGUUUCGACAAGCCGCUGAAGAGAAGACACACAUAGAACAACAACUGAAGAAUCUUCAAAGGACAAAAUCAAUCAUAGAAUUCACCAUGCAAGAACUAAGAACCUCAACCAAGAACUUCCACAACUCUCAAAAGAUCGGAGAAGGUGGAUAUGGCCCCGUCUACAAUGGAAUCCUCCGCAAAACUCCGGUAGCCAUCAAGCUCUUAAAUUCAGAAGGUAAUCAAAGCCGAAAAGAAUUCGACAACGAGGUGAUGAUAUUAAGCAAAGUUAGACACCCAAACAUAGUUCUACUAAUAGGUGCAUGCUCAGAGAACUCAACACUAGUUUAUGAAUACCUCUCAAAUGGAAACUUAGAAGACAUGCUGACAUGCAAGAACAAAACACCAGCACUAACAUGGCAAACACGUGUACGUAUCAUCACUGAACAAAGGUCUGCACUCAUAUUCCUUCAUUCCAUUAAACCUCAAUGCAUUGUUCAUGGAGAUACAAAGUUGGCAAACAUCUUCUUGGAUGGAAACAAUGUUAGUAAGCUUGGAGACUUUGGAACAGCAAGGUUUAUGGAUGGAAAUGGAACUAAUGGUGAACACUGUACACAUGUUACAAUGCCAAUGGGAACAAUGGGGUACAUGGAUCCUGGGUUUUUGAUGACUGGGGAAAUUAGUCCAGCUUGUGAUGUUUAUUCUUUUGGUGUGGUUAUACUUAGAAUGGUGACUGGGUUGAGAGUGUUGAAGAUUGGGGAGCAGGUUGAGGAAGGGUUGAGGAUGGGGGUGGUGAGAGAGAUGAUGGAUUGGUCGGCCGGAGAGUGGCCGGUGGUGCAGACGGAGCAGUUGGUGAGGUUGGGGUUGAGAUGUUGUUGUGUGGAUAGAGAGAGUAGGCCUAGUCUUGUUUCUCAAGAGUGGAGAACACUGGACAUUCUCAAUGCAAUGGCAGGAAAUCAAGUGUGAAAGAUGGCAGCAAAUUAAGUGCAUUGAUUAUUAGAAUUAAAGUUUAAUUAGUUUUUACGUAAAUGUUGUAUAGUAUUUGUACAUGUAUUAUGAAUAUAUAUAUGGAUGUGUAUUUAUUAGUUAAAAGUACAUAGAUGUUUCUUUUUCUAGCUUCUUUCCCGUAGGAAGAGGGGAGACAAAAAGAGUUUCAAAAUAGUUACACACGAUGAAUAGUUAAGACAAAGUGAUUCCAUAUCAGAGGCGGAUGAUUCCACUCUCUCAUUGCAUGAUUGAAGUUUAAUAAUAGUGUAUGGAAUGCAUGGCUUUUUCCCAUUGUAAAAAAAAAAAAAAUUCUA